AUGACGAAUACAACGACCAAUUCAAGCUAUGCCAGCCCCAAUCUGGAAGCAACAAGAGAAAGGAAGAUUCUAAAUUCAGAGCCGGUUCCUGAUUGGUACGAGGCAAAGGCCACUUUUAAGUGGGGCUGGGAGCUUCACUGGAUCUCAUUCGUAGUUUUAUUUUUAGGACUAGCUGUUUACUCUUCUGUGCGCCUGGUCGAGGCUUCAAAGCGGCGUCAUUUGAGGGAAAAAGUAUCCCGCAACGUCUCGUAUGCCGUGCAUUCAAUGAUAAUCGUCCUCGGGAUAACCCGUGCACUGGCACUUGUGGUUUUUCCGUACGAAGUGACAACCAACAUCAACAAUGCCGAUGUAGUGAUUCCCCUUUAUGUUCAUAGAAUUGUUUUUGGUCUUGGCUUUCCCUGCUUCAUGGCAGCGUUCACUCUGAUCCAGCUAACAUUCACAGCAAGCAUCAAGCCUACUCCCUUGACGUACUCCAAACUGCGGAAAGUUCGCUUCUUAGUCCUUAUCAUCGUGGGACAUUUCAGCGUUGUGAUUAUAGCAGACGUGAUCACGGCUUUUGUCGAAAACACCUCCGCGUUAUUCAUGGUGUGCACUGUAUACUUGCUGUCUAUGACUCUGUUUACGGGCAUUCGUAUCACUAGAAGUGGCUACAAAGUCUUUCGAGAGAGCAGUGAACAUAGGAGAGUCACUGCAAGACCGGGCCUUCGAGACACACAGAAACCGUCUAUUAAACGCGCAAAAUUCAACUCUAAAGCUUUACGCAAAGUGUUUAUCAUCACCGUAUUAACAAUAUUUUUCUGCUUUGCGCUUUUUGCGUUAAAAAUCUACGAUCUAGUCGAAGUUAUAGAGUUUACUUUCAUUCUAGGAAAAGAUAAGAAAGUAGAGCCAUGGCCUUGGUUUAUUCAUGAGACCUUAUUUCGGUUGACAGAGUUUGGCUUAGCUUGCACGGUUUUGUACGCAGUUUCACCCUUUAAAAAGCGUCGAAAUCCUUUGCUUUCCUUUUGUUGUUGUUGUCGUAAAGAAGAAAAGCAGUGUGACGUCAGCGUGGAGAUUGAACCGCAUGCGCGAGAAAGAACAGGAACAAAUGAAAUGGUGUUGUCCAGUCCACCUCCCCACGACCCUUGCAGCACGCAUUUGUGA